GAGAAAGUACAGGACGAUUGUCUGGAAAUCUUUAACUAAUUACACCUGCUGUUCGAGGUCGAUUAGUGGAUCACGAUCGUUGACAUGGCAGAUUUAGCAGAAAAAACGAGUGAACUUACAAUGGAUGAUAAGCCUGCUGUGAUGUAUAUAUCUGAGAAGGAAGGAAAUGAUGAAUCAGGGGAUGGAACAGAACAAAAACCCUACCAGACUUUACUAUGUGCAAUGAUGAGAGCAGGAGGGGAGCCUUUCCCCAAAUUCAUGGGAGAUUCAAAGAAGGAAGGAGAGAGAUGGGAAGAGGUUUCACAGGCUCAGAGGAAGAAGAUUGCCAAGCUUUAUGCCAAGGAGCAGAGGAAAACAGCUGAUCGUGAAAAGAGAGAAGCAGAGGAUGCUGAGAAGAGGCAGAAGAAUUUGGAGGAAGCCAAGAAAAUUACAAUUGAGGAAGAUCCAAGCUUGCCAGCUGCUAAAUUGAUCAAGAUAAAGAAUGGAGAAGCUAAUAGAGGAGUGCGUGUGAAGAUCAAUGGAUGGGUACACAGACUCAGAAGACAAGGUCGAGCUCUUAUGUUCAUUGUUCUUAGGGAUGGUACUGGAUUCCUCCAAUCUGUUCUCAAUGAUCAAUUGUGCCAGACGUAUGAUGCCUUGAUCCUGUCGACAGAAAGUACAGUGACAUUGUAUGGUGUCCUCAAGGAAGUCCCUGAAGGAAAAUCAGCACCUGGUGGUCAUGAGCUUCAUGUAGACUACUGGUCUCUUAUUCAUGCAGCCCCAGCAGGUGGUGUGGAUAAUGUAGUCAAUGAGGAAUCUCAUAUUGAUGUACAGUUAGAUCAGAGACAUAUGAUGAUGAGAGGAGAAACGCUUUCCAAGAUCAUGCGUGUUCGGUCAACUGUUACACAAUGUUUUAGAGACCAUUUCUUCAACAGGGGUUAUGAUGAGCUUACCCCUCCAACAAUUGUAGAAACCCAAGUAGAAGGAGGUUCAACAUUAUUCAAACUGGGUUUCUUUGGACAUGAGGCAUUCUUGACCCAGUCAUCUCAGCUCUAUCUCGAGACGGCUCUUCCUUCCAUGGGAGAUGUCUUCUGCAUAGCACAGUCUUAUCGAGCUGAGCAGUCAAGGACACGUAGGCAUCUAGCUGAAUACACUCAUGUUGAAGCUGAGUGUCCAUUCAUCACAUUCAAUGACCUACUGGAUAAGUUAGAGGAUCUGGUGUGUGAUGUAGUUGAUAGGGCCCUUGCCUCUCCAGUUGGUAAUCUCAUUAUGGAAUUUCAUCCGGAUUUCAAGCCCCCCAAGAGGCCAUUCAAGAGGAUGAACUACUCUGAUGCUAUUGAGUAUCUCAAGGAACAUGACAUCAGGAAGGAUGAUGGUACAUUCUAUGAGUUCGGAGAGGAUAUUCCAGAAGCACCAGAGAGGAAGAUGACUGACCAAAUCAAUGAGCCAAUCCUGUUGUGCCGAUUCCCAGCUGCAAUCAAAUCCUUCUACAUGCCAAGAUGCCCCGAGGACAAUCGCCUUACAGAAUCGGUUGAUGUGUUGAUUCCCAAUGUUGGUGAGAUUGUAGGAGGCUCAAUGAGAACAUGGAACUAUGAAGAGCUCAUGUCAGGAUAUGAACGUGAGGGUAUUGACCCCACACCAUACUACUGGUAUACUGAUCAGAGAAAGUUUGGAAGCUGUCCUCAUGGAGGGUAUGGACUCGGACUAGAGCGAUUCCUGACCUGGCUGAUGAACCGACAUCACAUCAGAGAUGUCACCUUCUAUCCUCGCUUCGUAGAGAGAUGUAAACCAUAGAGGGCGACAUCACAUAGUGUGGAAUCGAGACAGAGUCAUUCAUUCAGAGUUUGACCAACCCAAGUUUCAUUUUGUCACAAUGUGUGCAUGUUCUUUCAUUCAUCCUUCAUUCUUCCAAGACAGCAUUUGUCAUGUUGUAACCAAUUUGAAUCAGAAUGGUAUAUCAGGGAAGUGUAGUCAACAGAAACUAUUAGUUAUUUGAAGAGCCUCAAAUAGUUCCCUCUAUCGGUUUAUGUACUAAGGGAUUUUUCACAGGCCCCAUGGCAUGGCUACACAUGACUACAUUUACCCGACUAGUAUCUAGUAUUCAUUAUGUAAACUCGCAUGAUAAAUCCACUCAUAUUUUAACUAGGUUUGUCAAACUCUCCUGAUGAAUGGCUCUUAUAGGAAAUGUAUAUGGAAGAAACAGCUCUUAAGUGUAAAAUCAUCGAGUUCUUCAGGGUCCUGCCAUACUUGGAUUUACACAUGGCAGUGGUCCCAGUGAAACAAUUAUUCCUCAUCUGUUUCUUAUCAUAUUUGUCUCCUUACACAGAAUGGAACAGGAGCUUGUAACACAAAGCUGAGCACUCAGUUUUAGGGCUGAAGUUCAUAAUUCAUUGCAUUGAUUAUUACGUGCAAUCAUACAUGUUAAUUAAAAGUACAAUAUGCUAAGCUUUGUCUUACUGGAUCCUGAUGAAACAUUUGUUUCCAAUAAUCGUAAUCUUUGCACAAAGGCUUCACAUCUUAUUUUUCUAUUCAUCUACUUUUAUUUUACUUUGCUUUUACUUUCAUUCAAAUUGUAUGAAGGCAAGUUCAAGGUCACUGCCCUUCAUGUCAAUCCUGGAGGAUAAAAAAAAUAUGAGGUAUAAGGGGAAGUCAUCUUUGGAUCACAGUCGAAAUCCUUACCUAAAGGUAAU